AUGCCACCUCCGCUCAGCGAUUACGAAAGUGAUGAGGAUUGGGGCGUCCACACAACGGAGGUGACCAAUGUCAAGCUGAUGGUACCUAAGGGCAGGAAGAGGUCUGCCGCCCUUGCUGGGAUCGAUCCAGAGAACAUCAUCCCGAUAUCAGGCGAUAACCAAAGCGAAGUGGUGGGAUUCAAAGACGCCCCACUAACGUCUUCCAUCCCAACGUCAUCAUACAAGACACGAGCGCAGGUGAACGGUACUCAACGCAGUGAGCUUUGCUACGACCAAAAGUAUCAUCCAAUGGACGACUUCGUUCAGCCCAAGAGAGCUGCAAAGCUGAGGUCCAUGUAUGGUGAAGACACGUUUCUAUCAGACAUAAUGAGUGCUUCUUCUAAGUUCAGCGACGGAAAUCACACGGAUUCCGACGCCAGAGUUGAGGAGCACCUAAAGAAGGGCAAAAGCAAGAAGUUACCAUUUCCACAAUCCUCGCAACCAACCCGACACUCCUCUCGCCAGGUGAACCUAGAUGCCACCUACAGCAUGAGCACUCAUCCGCAGGCCAUCGAAGCCAAAACGCACAAGCGCCACAGUGCCAUUAUUAGUGGAAGUGAUAAAGAUGCAGAGCACUCCCAAACCAUUGAGACGGCGGAUAAGGAGAAGCAUCGCAAAGACAGUGGUAACCUGAUGGGCUUGACUGUGAUCCCACAUACAGAGGACCAGUUUGGUUCUGAGACCUCGAACCCGCCCACCCGCCAACAGUCUCCAGCCGAUACCUCAAGGUCCACACAGCAGUCAUUCAGUGUCAGUAGGCAACAGAACUCCGAUGCGGCAGCUCCGAGGGGUUCUACUCGUGCGUCGUUUCCAGCCCACCUGACGCCCUCCAAAUUCGUUUCUCCCCACUCAAAAUUGGACGAGCGUCUCUCAACUCGCGAUAGAAAGCGGGCGAAAGCACCCAAAGGAUUCCCGAUCUAUGUAGAGCCCGUUCAAGCCCAACUUACAGCAGAAGCUUCUGCCCCGCCUCCGAUCGACUACCCCGAUGACAACUACAAGGAGAACCAAAUGGAAGGGUCAAGCGAAGACGAAGAUGCAUCUUCUAACGAAUUCACUGAUGAGCCUACCUCGAACCUCCCGCAGCCCCAGUGGACGGAAGACCUUAGUGAGCAUGACGCCAGAAGACUAGGUCUCUUGCACGGAUCCGACAUUGAUUCCGUCCUCAGUGAUCGUUCCUCAGGGGUUGCUGGUAUUGCCGGCCCUGACUACUCGGAUGUUGAAGGUCUUCAACUGCGCAGGAGGAGUCAGCAACUCGAUAUUGUGAGCAUCGAAGAGCGCGACUGGAUUCAGUAUUGAGACGACGAACAGCUCUGUGUUGCCACAUCAAAACACCAAAACUUCUCAACCCCAACCUUUGAACCGACGCUAAGCUCUUAUUAUUGCACGGCGCUUUCCUGGCCACAAUGCAUAACGAGGAGCGCGGUAUUUACACCAGCCUGUUGGCCUGCUUCUCGUUCCAUAUGUUAACCCCAUAAUCUGACGUCAUAGAUCCGUUUUCUGCAUUUCCCCUUGCGUCUCUCAAGUGCGCAUUUCUGAACAGGCGUCUGAGGAUGCAAUUUGUCUGAAAAUGUGGUUUUCGUGGAGUAGCAAAGCACCUGUCGUUGCUAAGCCACCCUCAUCUUUGCCAAGGUUCGUUCUCCCCCAUAGCCGCCCGGCCCCUUUACCCUUGC